CACUGCUCGCUACAGAAGUUUCCCCGAGCACCGGGCUCAGCUUGUCAAAUACCGCCGCUCCCAACACAAGCGGCCUUACGUUCCCUGAGGUUGUACCCAGCCUGGCUCCAAAGUACACCAGCGGGUCUGGAAGGGAUCCAAAAGCAGAAGCAGAACCAGAAAACGCCAGACAGGAAGGACAAACAGACUGGCCGACGUGACGAGGAGAUUGGCAAACGGGGUACCACCCUGCGCGCCCAGGCCCCGCCCCCAACCAACACGUCCUUUACCUGCCUUGGCACCGCCUCGCCACGAACGCGCCUGCGCGAUUUUCUGCAGCCCCGGAAGCUGAUCCCGCAGAGCAACGUGCGCUCUCGGUUGAGUGAGUCUCCAUUUUUCUGGUUCACACCAGCGGUCGCGCUCUUUAGUGCCCGCCUCCACCCCAGGUUUCGGGGUCGGCUGGUAAGGUAAAGUUCUUGAACCGUCUCCUCCCUCUCCCCUCUUGCGGCGUGGCUGUAAGAAGUUCCGACUUCUUUCGCUCGGGGCGGGUCCCGGGGGUCUGCCGUCGUUUCCGGCGUAAAUCGCUCUGAGGCGGAUUCGGGCCCAGCCUUUCUGCCCGUGGUCCUGCAGAUCCCGAUAUCUCUGCCGGUUACGUUCCUGCUCAGAACCUUUCUGUGAUUCCCGAGUCUCCCCCCGACCCCAUCCCCCAACUGUGUCGGGCCCAGUCGUCACUAGUGAGGUGGAUGCAGGCCGUUCGCCCCGCCACAGGGAGGGCAAAGAGGGGACACACACGGCGGGGAAAGACGCAGAAAUCUGCGGAGUUAGAGGGUCAUCAGAAGGUGUGGGGAGGAAGAACGGCGGGGAUUGAAACAGAGGCUGCAGCAGAGUGGGGUCACACGGUUGGAGGAGGAAUAGCGAGGGAGGGAAACGGAAAAUGGACCAAAGGACAGAAGAAAAACAAGGACACAGAGAGACUUAUACAGAGAACAAAACACGUAGUGGUCUGGGCCAAAGCACAGGACCCAAACUCUGGCUGGAGAUCCAGGAGAGCCAGUGGUGUAACUCAGUCAGUCUGAAGGCCUGUGAAUGAGGAUCCAGGCCAGCAGGAGAAGAUUGAUACCCCAGCUCAAGCAGUUAGUAUAACCUUACCUGAGAAAGAAGACUAGAAGAAGAGGGAAAAAAGAAGGAAUGGCUCUUUUCCAGGGACGGCUGACAUUCGGGGAUGUGGCCAUAGAAUUCUCUCAGGAGGAGUGGGAGUGCCUGGACCCCGCUCAGAGGGCCUUGUACAGGGACGUGAUGUUGGAGAACUACAGGAACCUGGUCUCCCUGGGUGAAGAUAACUUCCCUCCAGAAGUCGGAAGUACUUCUGCUGGAUUUGCAAUCAAGGAAUUAUCACCAACAGAGGACAUUAAUAAAGGCGAAUUUUAUCACUUAGUGUUAUUGGAGAGAAAUGAAAGUCAUGGCAUCAAAGAUUUUGAUCUCCAGGAAGUCUGGGAAGAUAUGCAUGAGUUUGAAAGUCAGUGGCAAUGUGAUGCAAGAAAUUACAAAGAAGUGCCUUUGACCCAUGACAAAUAUCUCACUUGGAGAAAAGAUCAGCAAGUUAAUCAGUCCUCAGUUACUCUUCCUGAAAAGCAGGGUGUUUCUGUAAGAAACAGUACAUACCAGCAUUUCAUGCAUGAUGAACCAUUUAUAAGGAAUUUAUUAAAAAUGGACAAUAACAGAAGUGGUGCUGGAAACCAGUACAUAAACUGCUUGGAAAAUAGAAUUGGAUUAAUUUCUCAGGCACAUCUGCCCAAACUGCAGACAUUUCAUAGUGAGGAGAAAAUGUAUGAAUGUAAUCCAACUGAGAAGUCUGUCAGCAAUGGUUCCUCAGUCUCACCACUUGAAAGAAUUCCUCCCAGUACCAGAAACAUUUGGAAUAAAUCUAAGAAGAUUUCUAAAUAUCCUUUAUUACGUGCACAAGCCAGGAGAGCAUACACUAGAGGAAAAUCUUACAAAUGUAAUGAAUGUGGGAAGGUUUUUAGCAAAAGCUCAAACCUCAUGAGUCAUGAGAUAAUUCAUUCUGGACAGAGACCUUAUAAAUGUAAUGACUGUGGCAAAGCCUUUUCUGAGCGCUCACGUCUUAUUCGACAUAUGAAAAUCCAUUCUGGAGAGAAACCUUACAAAUGUAAUGAAUGUGUCAAAUCCUUUAACAGGGUUUUGAGCCUCACCAGACAUCAGAGAGUCCAUACAGGAGAGAAACCAUAUAAAUGUAACAUAUGUGGCAAGGUCUGUAGUCAAAAUUCAAACCUUGCAAAUCAUCAGAAAGUGCAUACUGGAGAGAAACCUUACAAAUGUAAUGAAUGUGGAAAGGCAUUUAUCCAUCGUUCACAACUUUGGAGUCAUGAGAGAGUGCAUACUGGUGAGAAACCUUACAAAUGUAAUGAAUGCAGCAAAGCCUUUUCUGAGCGUUCAAAUCUUACUCAACACAAGAAAAUCCAUACUGGAGAGAAACCUUACAAAUGUAAUGAGUGUGGCAAAGCUUUUAAACAGUGCUCACAUCUCAUUAGACAUCAGAAUACACAUCGUGGAGAGAAACCACACAAAUGUGAUGUAUGUGGCAAGGCUUUUAUCCAAAGUUCUAGCCUUAUAGAACAUCAGAGGAUUCAUACAGGAGAAAAACCGUAUAAAUGUAGUGAAUGUGAUAAGGCUUUUAUCAGACGUUCACACCUCUUGGGUCAUGAGAGAACUCAUACUGGAGAGAAACCUUACAAAUGUAGUGAGUGUGGCAAAGCCUUUGCUGAGCGCUCAAAUCUUACUCAACAUAAAAAAAUCCAUACUGGAGAGAAACCUUACAAAUGUAAUGAGUGUGGCAAAGCUUUUACCCAAUUUGCAAAGCUUAGUAGGCAUCGGAAAAUGCACACUGGAGAGAAGCCACACAAAUGUAAUGUGUGUGACAAGGCUUUUACCCGAAAUUCAAGCCUUGUGGAACAUCAGCAAAUUCAUACAGGAGAAAAACCUUGUAAACGUAAUAAAUAUGCUAAGGUUUUCACCAAACGUUCAGACCUUUAGAGUCAUGAGAGAAGUUAUACUGGAGAGAAACCAUACAAAUGUAUUGAGUGGCAAAGCCUUUAGGGAGCAUUCACAUCUUAUUCAGCAUAAGAAAAUCCAUAUUGGAGAGAAACCUUGUAAAGGUAAUGAGUGUGGCAAAGCUUUUACUCGAUUUGCAAAACUUACUAGGCAUCAGAAAAUACACUGUGAAAAUAAAGUAUAAACCUAA